AUGCUUUUUUCAGCACUCUUGUUCUGGUUAUUUGGAUGCUUGGCAUCUGCCAAGACCCAUACAUUUCAUUUUACCGUGGACUGGGUCGAUGUGAAGCUCGAUAACGGUGCACACAAAAAAAUGAUUGGGUUUAAUGGGCAGUGGCCAAUGCCCGAUAUUCACGUAAUGAAAGGCGAUAGAGUUGAGUUAUACCUCACUAAUGGCUUCAAGGAUGGCAUGCAGACUUCAUUGCAUUUCCAUGGGUUAUCCCACAACACAAGUUACGGUAACGAGAUCCAAAGAGAUGGACCCUCUAUGGUCACACAGUGUCCAAUAGUCUCUGGUCAAACCUACUUAUAUAACUUCACAGUGGCUGACCAGGUAGGUACUUAUUGGUAUCAUGCUCAUGAGGGUUCUCAAUAUGGUGAUGGCUUUAGAGCAGCGUUUGUGAUACAUGAUGACGACUUCCCAUAUGAAUUUGACGAAGAAAUGACUCUAUCUGUCGCUGAUCUUUAUUACAAGCCUUAUUAUGAGAUAAAGGACACGUUUCUAUCUCGCUAUAAUCCUACAGGUGCGGAACCUAUUCCUCAGAUGCUGUUGUUCAAUAACUCUGCCAGUGGAAGGCUAUAUUUUGAACCAGGCAAAACCUAUUUGUUAAGAAUUAUCAAUAUGGGGCUGUUUGUUUCACAAUACUUGUCAAUAGAGGAUCAUGAAAUGACUAUAGUAGAGGUAGAUGGUGUGUACACCAAAAAGAAUGUCACCAGUAUGCUAUAUAUUGCCACAGGCCAAAGAAUGAGCGUUCUGAUAAAAGCAAAAACACAAAACCCAAAGAGAAAUUAUGCUUUUAUGCAACUUUUGGAUGAGACAAUGCUAGAUGUUAUAGAUCCUGAUCUCCAACUGAAUGUCACAAAUCAGCUUAUUUACGACAAAUCAAAGCCUGAUGCCAAAGAGUAUUUUUUUGAUAGCUUGGAACAGGCAACAAAUGAAUUUUAUUUAGAGCCUUAUGAAGAUAUUGAUAUUUUCGAGUCUUAUGACAAACAAAUCACUUUUGAUGUAAGGAUGAAAAAUCUAGGAGAUGGUGUCAAGUAUGCAUUCUUCAAUAACAUUACUUAUGUUUCUCCAAAAAUCCCCACAUUAACUACAGCACUGACAUCCGGAAAAUUGGCGACUGAUCCCAGAAUCUAUGGUGACAAUAUAAAUGUUGUUGUGCUAGAACAAAAUGAAAUAGUUGAAAUUGUGUUAAAUAACUAUGACACUGGUAAACAUCCAUUCCAUAUUCAUGGUCAUAACUUCCAAAUAGUUCAAAAAUCUCCCGGUUUCCAUCUUGAUGAGACCUUUGAUGAAAGUGAGCAAGACCAAAAAACUGUCAGGUACAAUGAGUCGGCACCUCUUAUGGAUUUUCCUAAACAUCCUAUCAUGAGGGAUACACUUGUAUUGGAGCCUAAUGGACAUGCAGUUCUACGUUUUAGGGCUGACAAUCCCGGUGUAUGGAUCUUCCACUGUCAUGUAGACUGGCAUUUAGAACAGGGUCUAGCUGCUGUGUUUGUUGAAUCACCUUUAAUCUUACAAGAACGUGAAACACUAAGUCAAAAUUAUAAAGAUGUGUGUUCUGCUGCGGGCAUGGUAAAUGUUGGAAAUGCUGCAGGAAAAAGUGAAGAUUGGUUGGACAUGAGUGGAUUGCCAAGACAGCCAAAGCCAUUGCCCGAUGGCUUCACUGCUAAAGGGUAUUUUGCCUUUAUCAUUUGCACUCUAGUUGGGCUGUGGGGUUUAUACAGCAUUUCUAAUUAUGGAUUUUCUGAAGUUAUUCCAGAUGAUAAGGCUGUAUUUGAUUCAUUGAAAAGUGUUUUGGAUUCUAAUGGCAUCUCAUACAGUCUAGAAGAACAUUGA